AUGUCUCCAGUCCGCACCUUUCCUUCCAUCGACCACCAGAUCGUCACCUCGCAGCGUCGGGACUCUGCCAUGAUGGCUGAACGAUCAGAAGCCAACGCAAAGGAUACCACCCAGAGUUUCUCCAAGGAGAAGAUCAACCCUCUCGCCAACCACAGCGCCAAUCCCAAUGCCAAGCCCGGAAUCACCUUCGCUGCGCAAGACAAAUUGCCCAAGCUCCCCAUUCCAGACCUCGAACAGACUUGUAAACGUUAUCUUUCUUCCAUCGAUCCUCUUCAGACCGCACGCGAGCAUGCCGAGAGCGAACGAGCCAUCCACGACUUCCUUCGUAGCGAUGGACCCGAACUGCAGGCAAAGCUCAAAGCCUACUCCGAAGGCAAAGGCAGCUACAUUGAACAGUUUUGUGCGUCGUCUUCUUCUCCGAGAUUCGAUGGCAUGUCGCUAAUCGUGAAUGCAAGGGUACGACUCCUAUCUGAACUACGACAACCCUGUGGUGCUGAACCUCAAUCCUUUCUUCCUUCUCGAAGAUGAUCCAACUCCGGCUCGCAAUAAUCAGGUUACCCGUGCGGCAUCUCUGGUCGUAUCCGCCCUGUCAUUCGUUCGCGCUGUUCGCAAAGAGGAGUUGCCUCCCGACCAGAUCCGUGGUCAGCCACUUGACAUGUAUCAAUACUCCCGCCUGUUUGGCACGGCUCGUAUUCCUACCGAAAAUGGCUGUCAUAUUGGUCAGGAUCCAUCCUCCAAACACAUCGUUGUCUUGAGCCGUGGGCAAUUCUACUGGUUCGAUGUUCUGGACGACAACAACGACAUCAUCAUGACUGAGAAGGAUGUCAGUCUGAAUCUCCAGGUCAUCGCCGACGACGCUGAACAAAUGCCGAUCAACGAGGCUGCGAAAGGUGCGCUCGGUGUGCUCAGCACCGAAAAUCGCAAGAUCUGGUCCAACUUGCGUGAGCUUAUCAGUAAAGAUGAAGGCUCGAACAACAGCGAUUGUCUCAACAUCGUGGACUCCGCCCUGUUCAUAUUAUGUCUCGACUACACGGAGCCCAAGACUAGUGCCCAGCUUUGCAUGAACAUGCUCUGCGGUACAUCUGUGAUUGAGCGGGGCGUUCAGGUAGGAACCUGCACCAACAGAUGGUACGACAAGCUGCAGAUCAUUGUCUGCAAGAACGGCAGUGCUGGCAUCAAUUUUGAGCACACUGGCGUUGACGGCCACACUGUCCUUCGAUUUGCUUCCGAUGUCUACACGGACACCAUUCUUCGCUUUGCUAGAACCAUCAAUGGCCAAGCUCCAUCUCUAUGGGCAUCUCAAUCGCCAGAUCCAUCCAAGCGAGACCUCAACAGCUUUGGCGAUGUUAGCACAACACCACACAAGCUUGAAUGGGACAUGGUACCAGAGCUGUCAACUGCACUCCGAUUCGCAGAAACGCGCUUGGCCGACUUGAUCCAGCAAAAUGAAUUUCAUACACUUGAGUUUGAGCACUACGGCAAGAACUUCAUUACGUCUAUGGGUUUCUCCCCGGACGCCUUUGUGCAGAUGGCUUUCCAAGCUGCUUACUACGGCUUGUAUGGAAGAAUCGAAAGCGUCUACGAGCCGGCCAUGACCAAGACAUUCUACCACGGUCGGACUGAAGCUGUCCGCUCAGUCACCCAUGAGAGCGCAGAAUUCGUCCGCACUUUCUGGGCUGACAAUCCUCCGGCCAAGAAGAUCGAGGCUCUCAAGAAGGCAUGUGAACGCCAUGCUGUCUUGACUAAAGAAUGCGCCAAAGCCCAGGGACACGACCGUCAUCUCUACGCCCUCCUCUGCCUGUGGCAGCGGCAGAUCGACGGUGAUGCAGAAGUCAUCAGCAUUGAUGGCGCCAGCACGAAUGGGUACAGCAGCCCUACCAGCGACGUAGGCCCUUCGCCUAGCCGCAAUAGCGUCACGAGCGACACAGGCAGCAUCCAAUCGUCUACCUCUCCUCCUCGCCAGCAGCAACAGCCUAUCCUGCCCGCAAUCUUCAACGACAAUGGCUGGGACAAGAUCAACAACACCAUCCUCAGCACCUCCAACUGCGGCAACCCGUCUCUACGCCAUUUCGGUUUCGGACCCACUUCCGGAGACGGAUUCGGUAUCGGAUACAUCAUCAAAGACGGCUCGGUGUCUGUAUGUGCGAGCAGUAAACAUCGACAGACGAAGCGAUACAUCGACGCCCUGGAGAGCUACUUCUUGGAGAUCCGCAAAUUGCUCAAGCAGACGCAUCGCAGAGGUACAAGUACGGACAAGCAGGCUUCCAGGGCACGGGAGGCGGAGGAGAAGAGGCCCAAGGGAAGUCGUCUGAAGUCUAGAGGAAGGGUGGUGGGGGCGGGAGAGGCUCCCGCUGCUGCUGCGAGUAAGGCGAGUGCCGAGGAAGAGAGUGGUGUUGCCAGUGACGACGAGCUCGGUGGAUGUAAGUUUUGCAUAAAUCAUGCGCACGUGUUGGGCCAUAUCGAGCUGACCUUUUUGCUUCUGCAGAUGGCUUCUUUGACGCUGGAAUGCUGAUGCAGGCUCUCAAGGCCAAAGGUGAUCAGGAAGAGCGCCCGAGCGAGAAGAUUGCUCAUCGACGUGAAGUGGGCAAGAAGUUGCGGUUGAUGGAACACUAA